AUGUCGGGAGAUGAGUCAAUGACCUUGGAGACGGGAGUUACUGCAUGCAUGGACGAGCUCAACGAGCAUGGUAUGUGCGCAGGGGAUGCCCUGUCAUCCCAGGGGCAAGACCAUCUUGUUGGGAGAGUCAGCUCAUGUCAUGCCCGCGUGUUUGCCGUCACGCAUGCAUGUUGCUCGCACGCGGGAAGCGCGUGCCCUAGUGCAUCUCCAUGCGCGACCUUCUCAGGUCUGGUCCAUUACACGCGUUGUGCCCAACCCAUCUCUACUGGCGCCGUUCGCAUUGCGCACCCGUACACGCGCGACGUGUCGCGUGCCUUACACUCUCGCACCUCGCCUGCCUCGCACUCAUGCCCAUUGCGCCGCUCCGCGCGCGUUACUUUUUCGUGCGGUCUAUUCGCGAUUUGUCUACCGCGUGCUCAUAGGCUCGUGUCGCCGCUCGCGCAGUCGCGCCUUGUCGACCUUGUCGACCCAUGCAUCGCCCAGGCCUUCGCGUGGACCUCUCGGGUUGUCUCAGUGAUGGUUGCGCUGUCUCUCGGCCUGUUGUCCUGGUGUGGCCCGGUUGUUUUGGCGACUGUGUUUAUUAGAGACGUGGGGAUGAGGUGCAAGCGCAUCUAUUUAACGUUCGGGUUGAUCCUAGUGUUGCUUCUAUCUGUAUCUGUCAAAUUAAAGGCUUAUGAGGAAGAUGGUGGCUAUAAGAAGUGUGAACGUGAGGUCAAGAAAUGGUUAUUAUCUUCAACUAAUUCAGAGGUGAAAGAUGACAAUCAUGCCCUGCGUGACUUACUCUUUUUCCUGCAUGUCCCACGAACAGGAGGACGGACAUAUUUCCACUGUUUCUUGAAGAAGCUCUACCCAAAAUCCCAGGAAUGUCCGCGUUCUUAUGAUAAAUUGAGAAUCGACCCAAGAAAACCAAACUGCCGGUUAUUAAGUACUCAUGAUGACUACAGCAUGAUGUCAAAACUUCCCAAGGAGAAAACUUCAGUGGUGACAAUACUUAGAAAUCCUGUUGAUCGUGUAUUUAGCACUUACGAGUUUUCUGUGGAGGUUGCUGCUAGGUUUCUGGUUCAUCCUAACUUAACAUCUGUUGCAAGAAUGGACAAACGCAUACGUCGUAAGAAAUCUGGCGUAGGCACAUUGGAUAUCUGGCCAUGGAAGUAUUUGGUUCCUUGGAUGAGAGAAGAUCUAUUUGCUCGAAGAGAUAGAAGAAAACUUAGAGGGGAAACUCCUUUAGUAACUAAUAACUCAUAUGACAUGGUGGACAUGGUGAUGCCUCUUCAUAAGUACAUCAAAGACCCUAUUGCACGAGAUAUUGUCCAUAAUGGGGCGACCUUCCAGAUCACAGGUCUCACGAACAACUCCUAUUUUCCGGAAGCACGUAAAGUGCGUCAUUGUGUGCUCAAGUAUCCGAACCUUGGUAAAUAUGUGCUUGAAGUUGCUAAGGGGAGGUUGGACAAAAUGCUUUACAUUGGACUCACUGAGAACCACAAGGAAUCAGCAUCUAUGUUUGCAAAUAUUGUUGGUACACAAGUGAUAUCUCAGCACUCGAUAUCAAGCUCCAGUAAAGAAGUUGAAGCUGACAGUGAUUCAGAACACAACUCUUUGCUUUCUGAUACAGAAUCUGAUUCUAAUGAUCAAGGCAACAGCACUAACCAGACCUUAAAGAAUGUUUCAUCAACUAGCGACGAUGAAUUAUCACAUGAAAAUUUGACCAUUGGCAAGCUAAUGGAUGCAUAUGAGCCUUGCAUUGCAAAUUUAAGAAACUCCCAUGCAGAGAGGCGUGUAGCUUCUUUUAAUCGAAUUUCUCCAGCAAAUUUUACAAAAGAGUCUCGUAGUAAGGUUCCUGAUGCCCUUAUCCACGAAAUAGAGUUACUCAACAGCCUUGAUGUGGAGCUCUAUAGUUAUGCUCAACAUAUUUUCGAAAAGCAACGGGCACAUAUCCAGAGCAUGGCUUCUGCUGAAAGGCUUGAUGGCACCCUUUCUACUGGCACAUAUCCAAGUUUAUAUAGUUCCCCUGCUUGGAAAGUUCCCAUCCUGUCAAUCACGGGCUUAUUGUUGCUUAUUAAUCCACAUAGCCAGCAUUCAGAAGAUACGAUUACUGAGCUUCGUAAGCUUUCAUGCUCGGCAGAUUUGGAAAACCCCAGUUGUUCACUGCAGGAUGAGAAAUAG